AUGUUUGCUUCAAAAGCCUUCCUACUCUUAUUCUGCACAAAAUACGCUGAAACUGCUCAGAGGCUGACAUGCAAAAAUGAGUUGGCUAAAGGGUGUUUGGAUGGCAAUAAAUGUCCAUUUUUAACGCAGACUUGCAUAACAACGGCGUUGGGAUCAGUUUGUUGUGAAAAUGACCAGAUUGUGCAUGCUGCUAGGACGGCAAGACAGACUCCAUGCGUCGAUCAAGUGUAUCCAGGAACCGGUGUGUCGGACUGUCCCGCUAGAGCACAGCUCUGCACCAAUCCCACUUAUCAGACCUUGAUGGCGCAGAUGUGCCCACAAACUUGCGGUUUAUGCCCUGACGAAUGUGCUGACGAAGUGAACCCAGGGACAGGAGUGUCAGAUUGUCCGGCUAGAAAAGCACUUUGCAGCAAUCCUACGUACGAAGCUUUGAUGAAAAAACUCUGCCCAAAGACGUGCGGAUACUGUCCCACUAAUGUUCCAUUUGGCAAUCCUGAUCCUACAACUCCACCACCCGACCCACCAACAGUUGCUCCACAGACUCCUCCUUCAACUCUACCACCUAACCCACCAACAGUUGCUCCAUUCAUAUACCCUCCAUUCCCUUUUAUUUUCAUACCGACUCCCAUACCAAUAUCUGGGCUUAAUCCUUUGCCUAUUGUCCCCGUCGCUCCAAUGUAUCCGCUGAUGUAUUCGCCAGCAAGAAAGCAAGUCAACAAAACACUCUAG